UCGGGCUGUAUUGACGUGAGUGGCUUUGCCCGUAGCAAGUUUCCCCACGUUCGUGUUUAAAUACGAAAGUUGACGUUCGCGAUUGAAUUUUCGCGCGUUUUUUUUUUUUUUUUGUAAAAGGAAUAAAUAAUUUUGUGAUAUUUUUUUUUAUGAUGUUAUUAUUAAAUUUGUUUUCGUUUGUUGUUUGGAGCGAAAUGUGAAUUCUGUUGGCUCUUUGAGUUAAUUCCGGACUGGUCCAAAAUGGCUGGAAAGCUAUUGUUUUUUUGCGCAUCGCUGUCGGCACUGAAUAUUGAUGCUUCACUUGUCCUGGACACACGACACUUAUCCAAAGAUACGCAUGGAAGCUUUAGCCCAACGUCUGGGAGUCAACGAAGUCCAAUACUUCCGAAUGAUUCAGAACGACACAAAGGAAGGACGCCACAGAAAAUUCAUGAAAAAUUUAAUCACCAUACGUCACUAUUAGAUACCAGCAUUGAAGUAAACAAUACGGAAUUUAGGUAUUUUUCAAAAUACGAGAGAAUUGAAGACGUCUACUCAAUAAAAGGGGGCAAACGAACAUGCGGCUCACCUGAUGGUGCUCAUAGACAGUGUAGAAGAAGUUUACCAGAGAACAGAGUUAUCAUCACUCAACAUUUUACUGAGAGAACUAUUACUCCCGGUGGUGAUAUUAGCAUGCAGUGUGCAGCAACUGGGGACAGGCCGCCCCAAUUCGUUUGGGAACGAGAUGGUGUGACGGUGACUAGCUAUACUGAAAAUCGAUAUGCAUUAGGUCAAGUGAUGACCUCAGACAACUCUGUAGUGGCUCAACUCAACAUAACAAGAGUAAGAGUAGAAGAUGGAGGCGUGUACUCUUGCAUAGCGAGAGAAGGAGAUCAUAUAGCUUCGCAUGAGAACCGACUAGAUGUCUAUGGUCCACCAUACAUAAGAUCAUUGCCACCUAUAAAAAUCCAGAGUGGCGAAUCAGUGAAUCUACGGUGCCCAUACUAUGGAUAUCCUAUUAGCAAAAUUGACUGGGAGCACAAUGGGAAAAUAUUGAAUACGAACAAUGUAUUCCAAACUCGAUAUAAAAGAAACUUACAUUUUUUAAAACGAAAAACCCGAAGAGAUGCGCCAUCGGUAAACAUUAAUGGAGUGCUGACCAUUCCAGAAGUAAGCAAAGAACAGAACGGUGCUGUGUACACUUGUAUUGUUACAAGUCCAUCAGGGGAAAUGGCAAGAAGGGCAUUUGAAAUACAAGUCAUCGAAGCACCAAUUUUAGAAGAUUUACUAUUAGGAAAUAAUUUACAAGAGGGUCAAAUUGUUAACAUUUACUGUAAUGUUCGAAGUGGAGACUUGCCUAUACAUUUUGAAUGGUUGAAAGACGGGAAGAGGAUUCCAAAUAGUUUGAAGGUAGUAGAACGAAGUUCCGAAUUAUUCAGCGCGUUGGUAAUCAAGAAAGUGUCGUUGGAACAUUGCGGCACGUACACGUGUGUCGCGUCCAACCACGUCGCGAAAGUAAACAGGUCCACUGAAUUAUAUAUUAAAGUGGCACCAAAGUGGCUGGAGGAGCCGACCAAUUCUUCUCUGCUGCUGGGCCGGAGAGGAACAGUCUCUUGCAGCGCCAGCGGGUACCCUCAACCUCAAGUGCAUUGGAUGAAAAAAGAUGCUAUUUUAGGCACGUGGCAACCAGUUUUAGAAUUGGCUGGUGGUGGUAUACUAAGUCUACCAAAUGGUACUUUAGUCAUAGAGGAAGUAUCCCUCACCGAUGAAGGACUGUAUUCUUGUAACGUCGAGAAUGGAGUGGGCCAACCGCUGAGCAAGACUGUCUGGAUGAGCGUUAACAAACCGGUACAUUUCGAAAUAUCGUCAACAAACCUGACUUCCCGUCUGGGUCACCCUGUCACUUUAGAAUGUCGACCGUUGGGAGAUGAGCCCAUAAGAGUGACAUGGGUGCACGAUGGGAACCAUGUGGAAUUUCAAAAUCAAAGGAUGAAACAUUCUGAAUCGAAGACAAACCAAGGAGUGUUCAGUGCUAUAAGCUUUCAAUAUUCUGAGGCGAGUGACGCUGGUUUGUACCAAUGCAGAGCUAACAACCCAUAUGGGGCCGCCACAUUCAAUAUACAAUUAACAAUCUUAGAGCCACCUACUCCACCAUCAGACCUUCGUAUACAGACGGUCAGGUCUCGGACUGCAGUGGUGUCAUGGCGGGACACUCUGCGAGCUAACGCGAGGCACUACACUGUACAAUACGUGGUCACCCAGUACGGGGACAGUGUGUGGGAGCAUGCCACUAACGUGAAUGUUACUAGGAAAGACACAGAGAUCCGUCAAACGGUAGAACUGCAGAAUCUACGGCCGGCGACCGCGUACGGCGUCCGCGUCGCAACCGGCAACCAAGUUGGCAUCAGUCAGUUCACGUUACCACUGCACUUCACCACACACGAAGAAGCACCGUCAUCACCGCCAGUCAACUUGCAAGUGGAACAAACGGAAAAUCCCGGUGAACUGUACGUGUCAUGGCUACCGCCUCUUAAGGAUUCACACAAUGGGAUCAUCAUGGGUUACCAUUUAAAAGCUGUCCCUCAAAACGGUGAAACAGACGCGAACGACAAGAAAACUCUGAAAGUGAUGCAACAGUCUGGCAAGCAAGAAACAUUGCUAAGUGGCUUACUCAAGAACACGAGAUAUUCAAUAUCGAUAUCGGCGUUCAAUAAUGCUGGGUCCGGACCGUACUCACUGCCGGUGUUUCAAGAUACUCGGGAAGGAGUCCCAGAGAAAGCGCCAUCUUCAGUGGAAUGUACUGCGGUUUCCUCUACAUCGCUGAGGGUCGGUUGGCAGCCGAUUGUGUUGUUUGGUCAAGGCAACUCGCUCGUAGGAUACACCGUGCUUUAUACAACUGAAGACGGCACCUGGUACAACCAGACAUCACUGCACACAGAGCUAUACCUUCAGAACCUGAUGAAGUACACCAACUAUACUGUGAAAGUGGCUGGCUUCUCCAAUUUCGGUUCGGGGCCGUAUUCAUACCCAAUAAUCUGCGCUACAUUGCAAGAUGUUCCAGGGUCUCCAGCCGACAUCAAAGUGCUGGUGCUCUCCUCGACAUCUCUCCUCGUGAGUUGGAAGAGACCUGAACAUCCUAAUGGGGAACUCUUGUAUUACACCAUAUAUGUAAAGCCCACGUCCAGCAGUGGUUCGCCGCAGACGCACCGAGUGGACGUGUCCAGCAGAAAUAUUGUUGAGCUGAAGGAUCUGACCACUGGAAGAACUUAUGAAGUAUGGGCCACGGCGUCCACCAGAGCCGGCGAAGGCCCUCCUACAAGGAGAAUAUCACAUGCGCCCACGCAUAAAGUGGUAGCAGGAGUGGCUUCCCUAGGUGGCACAGUGUCAGUGGGAGUGGGAAGUUCCCUGCUUCUAGUAUGCCAUUGUGUGGGAAGUCCACCACCCAGAACCGUGUGGUACCACAAACACAACAUUAUAACCCACCAUCCCAGGUUCACGAGGAAUCACGAUGACAGUUUACUUAUAAAUAAUAUAGAUCAAUCUCUAAGCGGCAACUACAGUUGCUUAGCUAAAAACCUGUACGGUUCAGACUCCGUAGAAUACAUGGUUAUAGUACUACCACUUCCGGAAGCACCUGUUCUUCGAGCUACACCAUACAAGGACUCCAUACUAGUUGAGUGGGAACAACCGUAUUACAGCCACAGCAAUAGAAGUUCAGCACAAAAGAUUUCUUACAGUCUCACAUGGAAAGAAGCCAGUGGACCUUGGCACGAAGCAUGGCCUGCACACAAACUGCCAAACUUAUCUGGAGUCCAGAAGCAUCUCCUUACAGGACUAAAGUGUGGUACCAAGUAUUCGUUAAGGAUAGCAGCCACGAAUAAAGUGGGGACAUCUCAACCGGCCUAUUUGGAUGUUAGCACUCUGGGUGGAGUACCCAUCUCUCCCACAACUGCAGACUGGUUAUGGAGCAACUGUAGCCACAUUUAUAUCCAGUUGGCUGGAUGGGACGAUGGUGGCUGUGAUCUUCGAGGCUGGGAUGUGGAAUAUAGACAACUUGGAGCCAGAAGUUGGAUACGGGUGCUGAAUCCUAUAUCGUACAACGAGCAUUCCUCAUGGAAUCUCCCGACCAUGUACCAAGAUAAAUCUAUGUACCGCACCGGAUCGUUCGUGAUCGCGGACCUCUCCCCCGGCACGUGGUACCAGGUUCGAGUCACUGCAACCAACGAAGCUGGCAGCGUCAUUACUACAUACAGUUUCGCCACCAAAAAUAUAGAUGGUACUGAAGUCGGCCCACCAUCGGACAUGUUCGACCUAAAUAUGCUAGUCAUAGUGUGCAGUUCAAUAUUGCUUACUGUCUGCCUGUUGAGUUGUGUAUACAUAUUGGUGAAACGGCAAAGGAAUGGCAACCUAACCGAAUACAGGGAUUCAAUAACCGUGGACAAUAAAUCGGAGAGUGGCAACUUGACAGCUAACACGUCGCACACAAAUUUAGCCAAUGUGAAAGAAAACUCAAUAAAUGCGCAGAACCGGAUAUACAGCGCACCAAUACACAUGAGAAAUAAUAGCAAACAUGAACUCUACGAAAUUAGUCCAUACGCGCAGUUCGCAGUUGGUUUCCGGACCUUCGGCCAUGUUGAAAACCAAGACAUGCCCAGUCGACUCAAUAAGCACAGAUAUGACACGGAAACGAGCUUCCAGGUGUGUUCAGAGUCUGAAGAUAGCGAUAGUAUAUCUAAAUCCACAUUGAAAAGUGUGCCGCGAAAAUCGUGCAGAACACCACACCAUAGGUAACUAAACAAGGACAUAUUGUCGUUUUAAGUGAAAACAUAAUUCUAGGUUUUUGGACCAUGUUUUUGUGUUAUCGCCUCCCUUUGCAAAACACUAGCUAGGUAGAGUUGUGGUAAAAUCUUUCGUACUAACGCCAUCUGCCGGGUAAAUUUUUUUUUUUAACGAGAUAAAAACGAUCGUGUCUCUCAAACGAACGAUACACAUUUACAAAAUUUCAUUAAAAUCGACUGAGCUGUUUCUGAGAUUAGCGUGUACGACAUGAGAUUUCUAUAUAUAAUAUGAGUAUUAAGAAUAUAAAAAAAAAAUCUACUUAACACAUUGGGGUCGAUUCUGAAGCGCUAUUUCUCUAAUCUCUAAAUUGAAAAUUUUAAUUUGAUAUCGCAAUAAAAUCUUUAUUCUAAGAACCAAUAUGAACUAAAAUUGUAAUAAAUUUAGAAUCC